AUGAAGCAGGUUACCAAGGCGCUUUUGGCAUUGCAGCUGGUGUGUGGUAGGGUAUUUGCUCAAGACAGAGGGCCAAGUGCUCACUGUCCUGAUGGAUCAUAUGGUCUUGUCUGGGAUGGAGAACAUGGUCUGCCUAACACUGGUGAUGCCAGCACUCGAGUGAUGGCAAGGAGGCAGAUGACUUCCAUCGAGCCUCCAUCACCAGCGUCUCCUCUCCAGCCAGACAACGCCUGGCUUGCGUCCCCAUCAGCGCCCCCAGCUUGUCCUGAAGGCCCUGACUUGCUUUUGGAUGACUCACUAUUCGGAUCGAGGUUAUUGAACAGGCCUGGACGUCCUCCUGUGCAACAGCCCAACCCAGUCCAGCAUCCUGGUCCCGAUCAGCAUGCGAUGCCCAGCCAUCAAUUCGGCAUCUCAUAUUCGCCAUAUCGGCCAGACCGGUCCUGCAAAACCCAACAGGAGAUCAAAGAUGAUAUCAGCAAGCUGACCGAAUAUCCCCUCAUCCGCAUCUACGGAACAGACUGCGGCCAGACCGUCAAGGUGGCCAGGGCAGCGCGAGAGCACAAAAAGCAAGUUUUCGCCGGAGUCUAUGAACUGGCCGAUCUGCCCAACACCCUCAAGGAAUAUAAAGAGGCAGCCAGUCUACCCGACGGCGGAACAGAUUGGUCCAUCUUCCACACCAUCGCCGUCGGCAACGAGCUUGUCAACAGCGGAAUGGCAUCACCGGCGGACGUGAUCGGAGCACUGAAUCAGGCUCGCACCAUCCUCCGCCGCGACGGAUACAAGGGGCCCAUCGUCACCGUGGAUACGUUCUCGGUCCUUCUUAAACACCCCGAGCUAUGCAUCGCCUCGGACUAUUGUGCUGCCAACUGCCAUGCCUUUUUUGACGCAACUCAGCAUGCGUCUAAUGCAGGGCCCUACGUGCUUGAGCAGGCCCACGCGGUCUCGGCGGCAGCUGGUGGGAAGCAUACGAUGAUCACCGAGUCGGGAUGGCCUCAUGCCGGGGAUCCAAACGGUGCUGCGGUGCCAUCCCCCGAGAACCAGCGUGUCGCUCUUGAUAGUCUUCGUCGGAGCUUUUCCCAUCGGGAAGGGGAUCUUGUGCUGUUUACUGCAUACGACGAUAUGUGGAAGAAGGACAAUCAAUACACAUUUAAUGCUGAGCGAUUUUGGGGUAUGUAUUAG